AUGAGAACCAUUUGUUGGAUGCUGGUCUUGAGUUUGGGAUUUAUUUUGGGUUUAAGUUUGGUUCAUUGCUUUUUGGUAUUUCCACGUCAAGGAUCCUUUGGUUAUCUGGCAGCUGUGGCUAUCCCUUUGGACUUAUCGCCUAAAAAUGUGUACAUGGCUUUUAAUUUUGAGUCCAACUAUGCACUGCCCUCCAAUGAUUCAUGGAACCAAUGGGUUGAUAGGUGGAAUCUGGAUGGUCCCUUCCAGGGAGUUCCCGGAAACGUAACCCCCAUCAAUGCACGCCAGGAUGACGGAAGCUCGCAGGAGGAGAAGGAAGUGCAACGUCGCUCAGUGGGCGCCCCACCUCCCAUUCGGCGCCUGGACUUCUACCGGAGCAUCAUCAACUUCAUGACCCAUUACGGAUUCAACGGCACCGCCUGCCUCCUGCGUAUCAUUUGUGAGGUCAGCGAGACACCCUUCGAUCCGCACAACGGCCUGGUGGGCACUCUAUUUCACAUUCUGUUCGUACCCACGACGAGUGCCCCCGAAAGGGAACUGCAGCACGUGGACGAGUUGUAUGAAGCCUCCGAUGCGGGCACGCGUGGCCUGGGCUGCUCCAAUUACGUGGCCCACUGCGAGGACAAUGCUUUGGAUCUGAUAACCAUGGCGCUUUGA